CCCACUUCGCUAAUAAAUCCUACGUCGCACAGUUGUUCGUUUCGAAUUCAGGCACAUGCUUUGAAACCAGACCAUGGAACAAGAAGCAGCACUUCCGCCAUUUCUACCUCUGCAACUCCUCUUCCUCCUCCUCGCUCUCCUCCUCCUCGUCCUCCUCCGCGGGCUCGCCGCCGAUCUCCGGCGAGCGGCGGAGGCCCCCGGCUGCCGCGGCCCCCCGAGCUACCCCGUCAUCGGGUGCUUGGUGUCCUUCUACCGGAACCGCCGCCGCCUCCUGGGAUGGUACACGGAGCUCCUCGCCCGGUCGCCGACGCAGACCAUCGUCGUCCGGCGGCUCGGCGCACGCCGCACCGUCGUGACGGCGAGCCCCGAGAACGUGGAGCACAUCCUCCGGACGAACUUCCACAACUUCCCCAAAGGGAAGCCGUUCACGGAGAUCCUCGGCGACUUCCUCGGCCGCGGCAUCUUCAACGUCGACGGCGAGCUUUGGCGGAGCCAGCGGAAGCUCGCGAGUCACGAGUUCAGCGUCAGGUCGCUGCGAGACUACGCGGCGAUGACCCUGAAGGAGGUGGUCGACGGCAGGCUAAUGCCGGUCCUUGAGUCGCUGUCGGUGGAGGGGAGGACGGUCGACUUGCAGGAGCUGCUGAAACGGCUCUCGUUCAACAUGAUUUGCAGAGUUUCGCUCGGGACCGAGGUUUGCUCUCUCGAACCUUCCCAGCCUGGCUCUCCGCUUGCCAGAGCGUUCGACAUUUCGUCGGCGAUCUGCGCGCGCCGCGGAGCGGCGCCUGUAUCAGCAAUAUGGAGGAUCAAGAGGCGGCUCGGAGUCGGAUCGGAGCGCGAGCUGAAGCGGGCAGUCGACGAGGUGCACGCGAGCAUUGGUCGGUUGAUUCGUGAUCGAGCGGAGCGAAUCUUCGAAACUGGGGAUCGCUGCUCGAGCAGUCAAUCGGAUCUCUUGUCGCGCCUGGCGACGGCGGGCUACGGCGAGGAAGUGAUCCGAGACACGGUGAUCAGCUUCAUAAUGGCCGGGCGAGACACGACCUCGGCGGCGAUGACGUGGCUCUUCUGGAUGCUCUCCCGGAGCCAGGAGGCGGAGCGGGAGCUGAUCAGAGAAGUCGACAGCGCCGCGGCGGAGCUGGACUACGACUCGCUGAAGGAGCUCAAGUUCCUGACCGCGUGCCUGUGCGAGGUGAUGAGGCUGUACCCGCCGGUCGCGUGGGACUCCAAGCACGCCGUCGGCGACGACGUCUUGCCGGACGGGACUCCGGUCCGGGCCGGGGACAGGGUGACGUACUUCCCCUACGGGAUGGGGAGGAUGGAGGCGAUCUGGGGGACCGAUCGGUUCGAGUUCAAGCCGGGCCGGUGGUUCGAGGGACCGCCGGAUGGGAAGCCCAGAGGGGAGCUGAAGAAGGUGUGCCCAUACAGGUUCCCGGUCUUCCAGGCCGGCCCGAGGGACUGCAUCGGGAAGGAGAUGGCGUUUAUGCAGAUGAAGUACGUGGUGGCCUCGGUGAUGCGCCGGUUCGAGAUCAGACCGGUCGAUAGGGGCGACCGGGUCUUCGUGCCUCUCUUGACGGCCCACAUGGCCGGCGGGCUACCGGUUCAGAUCCGCAAGAGAGAGCGCCCGAUCGCGGCUCCGGCCACGAGCCAAUGGCUCUGAGAAUGUGAUCUUUUGGGGGGGUCGACACAAGAAUGUUGUCAAUUUUUUCUGUUAGUAUAUAUCAGGAGUUAAGGGGCCGAUUGCUGUGAUGAAGAUCACUUUUUUCGCCAAAGUUCUUUGGCACUUUCCCUGAUGUUCUGGCCAAAAGUUAGGUUUGCCCAUUGCGGCUCAAAUUGGUGAUGAUGAUUAAAAUAAAGAAAGGGUGAUAGCACAUGGCGAAUGUGAUCCAGAUGACACAAAACCAAAUGCGGGGAGACAUUCAGAAUCCUAUGCAUCUUGAACUUUCGUCCGAAUUGUUCAAUCGCUAUGAAUUACAUCCCGUGAAGAUUUGUCGCUCCAGCCGAGUUUGUUCAUUCGAAGCAACAUCCCGAUCUUUUAGCUGGCGAAGCAAAAGACGUGUGAACAAAUUUGAGAUUUACCCUUUCGCGUAUAAUAUCGUGGAAAGCAUGUCCAAGGAUCGUUCUGUUUCGUACUUAUGUCUCGCGUAAUGGUUAUGCAUGGCGUGAAAUACUAGAAAUGGACAUGUUCCGUUUUUUCUUUUUAAAAGGGGAAAACACCCAGUUUCAU